AUCUGUCUCGCGCUUGGUUGUCCUGACCGUAUUCGUUUUGAAUACGACUUUGUUCCCACUUGUCUAGCAUAUCAGCAUCAAGCACCUCCCCGACUUUAUCGAAAUUGCCUUAAUGUCCCAUCAACUGGCUCUAUCCACGCAAGACCUUUCGGUGAUAUUUCGCCAGCUUUAUACAGUUGUGCCUCCAUUCCUCCGUCGUCCGCUGACACUCAUGAUUUGAGGAACCACUUUGUACGGCCUUCCCUCACCACUCAGCUCUCUUCUCCUUCGUCAGCAGCCUCUGUCAUAGGGGCAUCCGUUAAUUUAUCUUCAUCCUAUUCUACUAUAAUCUCUUCUUCCAGCCUUAAUACCGUUUAUUCAUCUGCUAUUACAUGCGAUGAAAGCUGCAACAAAUGCUCUCGCCUCAGCCUAGAUCCAGACGGUGAAGGUUUGGGACAUGGUCUGCGACGACUGCUACAUUUGAACGCCAGUGACUAUCUCAACUUUGUUCAUAACUUCCAGGGCGGACGAAAGCUUUACACGUUUGCAUCGACAGCGAAGGAGAUUCCCUCGAAAGCUACGUCAACAAGAAUGUUCGAGUUAGGCCAAUCGACAGCUGGUCAUGAGGGAUCCGCCGUCGUCUUCUGA